GACCAAACAGGAUAUCCGGUCAAACCGGAAAACGAAGAUGUCUUCAUUCUUCAGGUUAGACCCUUUUCUUCCAAACAAUGUAAAUCAGAAUAAGACAUUCACUUCGUAAUAACAAUGAUGGGGAAGCAGAUAAAUAUGGAAGUUGUGCUUCCGUGAGUAGCUAAGAGGUGUUUGUUAAUAAACGAGUGUCACGAACGGCUAAGUAAAUGCGCUAGCUCCAAAGUCGACUUCCGAACCACCUGUCACCACAAUAGCCUUCUGAAUGGGCCUUAGUUAGAGUUCCAAGCCUCAAGGCAGUUUCCACCUAUUUUAACUAGAGGGGUUAUUUUGCGUCAAGAGCCCGAACACGGAGCGAGGAUGAAUGGAUUUUCUUUGAGCGAAAUAUGCUGGCUCUUCUGUUGUCCGCCCUGUCCCAGUCGCAUCGCUGCAAAACUAGCUUUCCUUCCACCGGAGCCCACCUACUCCGUCCAUACCGAUGCUAACGGUGCCUCGAGCUUGCAUUUAACCGAACGAGCAGACUGUCAGUACUCCCAGCGUGAACUCGACGCGGUGGAGGUAUUCAGCACCAGAAGUACUCGGGGCAACAGGGUGCAAACGAUGUUUGUGAGAUGCGCGCCCAACAGCCGGUACACGUUACUAUUUUCCCAUGGAAACGCCGUGGACUUGGGACAGAUGUGCAGUUUUUACAUCGGCUUGGGCUCAAGAAUCAACUGCAACGUGUUUUCCUACGACUACUCGGGCUAUGGAGUUAGCACUGGCAAGCCUUCUGAGAAGAACAUGUAUGCUGAUAUCGACGCGGCCUGGCAAGUCCUAAGGAACAAGUACGGGGUAACACCAGAGAACAUCAUCCUCUACGGGCAGAGUAUCGGCACUGUGCCCACCAUCGACCUGGCUGCUCGCCAUGAAUGCGCAGCCAUCAUCCUGCACUCGCCGCUCAUGUCGGGGCUUCGAGUGGCUUUCCCCAACACGCGCAAAACUUACUGCUUCGAUGCGUUCCCCAGUAUCGACAAGGUGUCCACGAUGGCAUCUCCAGUGCUUGUGAUCCACGGUACAGAGGAUGAAGUGAUCGACUUCUCCCAUGGCCUAGCGAUGUACGAGCGCUGCCCGCGUGCCGUCGAGCCACUCUGGGUGGAGGGAGCAGGCCAUAAUGACAUUGAACUCUAUGCGCAAUACCUGGAGAGACUCAAGCAGUUCAUUUCUUUUGAGCUCUCCACAUCCUGAGUGGGGGAAGCACACACAGGCCAGGGUUCAGUUCAACAGUCUUCUCGUGUGGCAUGUAUUUGGAGACACUCGAGGGAUGGCAUGAAAGUUGUGUUGAAAGUGCACCUGAAAGUGCAAGUCAACCGUCAACCGAGGCCAGGGUGACAUGCUGUUCCGAUGGCUAUUGUAUCGCCAAACUUGAUGCUUUAUCUGUAUGGGUGGGCACAAUUUGACAACUAGGCGUGGGCAAGCUGUUUGUCAAUCUCCAACCAUUUCCCACUCCAGCUCUAAUUCUUUGCCUUGGUCUGAACACCGCUUGUCUAUUUUGUCGAACUAAGAACUCGAGCGUGUCACAUUGACUUAUUCUUCUCACUUUAUACUGUGAUGACUGCCUACUGAGAGUCUCUGACAUGUUCAAACUUUAGUCACCUUAAGUAUCAAUUCAAAUGACUACAUUUUGGUGGAGGGGGGGGGGGGUUCCUAGGUUUAUUUUCAGGCUCAACAAACAAAUGCACUUUUUAUUGUGCAUCUUCUUUUGGGAAUCCGUGCCCUUUUACAAGCAUUACGUUUUUCUUUUUUAUCAGGAGUAGGGUUUUUUUUCUCGUUUUUUUUUUUUACCCAUUUUCUAAAUCAAAGUGAUCUCCAACAUAUCAGAACUAUUAUAGCCGUGUUCUUUGUAGCCCUAAUGGCCGCUAACCUCUGGUCUAAGUAGGUGCAGUACACAUCAAAACUGGAUGUGAACAAACAGGCAGUCAUCACCACUGGAGCUGACAUGAUGUUGGAAAAAGAUGGAUGCCAGCCUCAACGAAAUAACCAGAGAUCAUGUGCUGCUUAAGAUUUACGGCUUGUGAUAAUGAA